GGCAACCCGUGUGCAACCCAUCUCGCCCUUUCGCCAUCGUCCAUGGGAUUCCUGCGCCAUGACGAGUAUCAGCGGCUAUCCCAACGACACAUCCCUGGCACUGGCGUGCGACGCUGAUGCGGAGGUGGAGUCCUUGGCAACGCUCCGAGGAUUGGUAGGACCCCAUGCUUCCCUGGACCAGUUGGAACACCAGCUGCGGCGCUUCUCCAAUGACCCCAGGAAGGCAGCAAAUGGCUACUUCCGGAGUGCCUGUGCAGAGAAGAUUCCAUUUGACUUUGAGCCGCGACCCCUGCGAGUGUCGUCCUCCAGCACGACGUCAGCGCUCAGCACGUCGUGUCCGCAGCAGUGCUGGUUGGAUUUGGAUGCACAACUAUUUCCGGCCGCUUGCUACUUGCAGAUCUCGGACGGCUGGAGCUUAUUGACGGCCUCCCAGGAGUUGCACCAGCGCAUCAUCCAGGAUGAAGACUUUUGGACCAAAGCCUUCCAGAGCAUCUUCCAGGAGGUGCCACGCCCAGUGUGCGAGGAUGGUGGCGCCGAAACGGCGUUCCGGUGGUUCGCUGAACGCUGGCGACUGGAGUUGGAGAAGGUCUGUCCCAAGUGCGCCGCCCGCCGUGCGAUCAUCCCCAUCGUCUAUGGCUUCCCCAGCGCGCCGCUGACGGCACAGUACCGGAAGGGGUCUUUGGUGCUGACGGAGGUCUGUGGCUUCUUAGGGCCCUGCUGGGCGUGCCGACGGUGUCACUUCGAAUUCGAGCAGUACCCCUACAGCAGUUCGAGCGAGCGCACCCUGGGAACCUCCAUGGUUCGGAAGUAUCCCUUCCUUCGUGUGUGCCUCGCUGCUGAUGGUGCAACGGAUGAUGCAGAAAGUCGAGAUGAGUCUGAUUGAGUGCACAGCCCGGUGGAAAUACUCACUUCAGGUUUACCUGAUGUGUGUGUGUGUGUGUUGACGUGUUCUUUUCCGUGCUCGUUUGCUUGGUGCAACAUGGCGCAGCUGUUCUUUUAAGCCAACCUCUUGAGUCAUGCUGAGUUGAUCACCCUAUCACACCAUCCACAUCCACCGACCGCACUGACCGCGGCCGCACCGACCGCUGGCGUUCCACCCACCGCGUGGACGACCGUUUCGACGCGGUCGAAACGACUUGGCACUGAACUCGGACGAAAG